AUUUGAUCAUUUAUUAUAAUCACUUCAGCCAGCGACGAGUCUGAACUUGUGUAAUUGUCCGAUCCCUUAUUUAAGUCUAGGAGCGUUUCUGGUCAAUCAUCAUAUCUCUAGAUUAGAGCAAAAACCAGACCAUCAAGAUGGCCACCAACGGCACGCACUUCGUCGACACGGAUGAAAUUCCUCCUCCAGCGCAGUCCAACUCUCGUACAGAAGAACCGGACCUCCAGACCCUACGCAUCUCUUCACUAUCUCCCGCUACACAAGCCGUCCACGCCGACGAUCCUCUCAAUGUGGUUAACGACGUUGCUCCGCCGAUCCACGUCAGUACGACCUUUCGCUACGACAAGGACCCUGAGCGACUACGCCCUUUCCAUGAGCGUCCCACACCCAUCAAUGAGCAAGGAGAGCACUGCUACUCCCGACACACCACACACAGCACCUCAAGGCUUGAAGCCAUCUUGGAAGUUCUCCUGCGCAACCCUUGCAUGACAUACUCCUCCGGCUUGGCGGCGUUCAAUGCGCUGAUCACGUUCCUCAACCCAAAAAGAGUAGCAGUUGGCGCUGGAUACCACGGCUGUCAUGGAGUCUUGAAGCUGCAUCAGAGACUGUCGGGAUGCAAGAUCCUCCCGCUAGACUGCAAGCCCGAGGAGCUCGAAAAGGGUGACCUGGUACACCUGGAGACACCCGUCAACCCGACUGGUCUGGCAUUCAAUAUCCAGCAUUAUGCAGACAUUGCCCAUUCAAGAGGAGCAUAUCUCAGCGUCGAUGCCACCUUUGCACCGCCACCGCUGCAAGACCCUUUCAAGCACGGAGCUGAUAUUGUCAUGCAUUCUGGCACAAAAUAUAUCGGCGGACACUCGGAUAUGCUCUGCGGAGUUCUGGCGGUCAAGAACAAGGACUGGAUACCGCAAAUGCUCGAGGACAGGUUAUUUCUGGGUUCGGUAAUGGGUGGUCUAGAAGGCUGGCUUGGAGUAAGAAGUGUGCGGACAUUGGAAUUGAGGGUCAUGAGGCAAAGUCAAAGUGCGCAACGGCUUGUGGAUGCCCUCGAUGGCGCAUUGACCGGAGCAACAGUCGGUACAGGACUUUCGCAGUCCGAGGUAGAGACCAUCAAAUCCGUAUUGAAGAAGGUCCACCAUGCCAGUCUUCAGACCCAGGACUACAAAACCUGGCUAAGGAAGCAGAUGCCAAACGGCUAUGGCCCGGUGUUCUCCAUUGUCAUGAAGACCCCAGAACUGGCUCGGGCAUUGCCGAGCAAGUUGCACCUCUUCCACCAUGCGACCAGCCUUGGUGGUGUGGAAAGCUUGAUUGAAUGGCGGACGAUGACGGACUCGACGGUGGAGAAAGAUCUUUUGCGGAUAAGCGUGGGUAUUGAGGACGACAGAGAUCUGCUGGACGAUCUCAUUCAAGGCUUCAAAGCUCUGACAACGUCGGGUCCUUCCUGAGGUUAGUUGUCGGGAUAGUGCAUGAAGACAUGCAAUAGACAUACAACUCAGUAGAGUAGCACAACGAGUGUGUGGGGGAUCACACCCAGCCGAAACGAUCCUCUUGUUGGUCAGGACUGACUUCUUUGCUGAUGGCUGAUGCCGAAGUCAUCUCUUCAACAUUGGGAGCAUCAGGAUCGUGGUGCAUUCGUAGAAC